AUGGAUAUAUAUGUAUACAUAUUUGUGUCACAUCUGUGUUUGGUUUUCUUCACCCCAUUUGAUGUCUACGGGCUUCUUUUAGAACCAGUCACAACACGUCAGACUGUUGCUCCAGUAUUUCAGAUACCACGAGACUGCCAGGACUAUCUAUGGGAGGGAUACCGAGAGAACAGGCUCUACACGAUUUAUCCUCAGAAGAGCGGACGACUGGACGUUUUCUGUGACCAGCUGACGGACGGCGGAGGAUGGACUGUUAUCCAAAGAAGAACUGACGGAUCGGAAGAUUUCUUUAGAAAUUGGACGGACUAUAAAUACGGAUUCGGAAACAAGUCUAAUGAGUUCUGGCUCGGCAAUCACAGGAUUUAUGAAAUUGUCAGUCAAGGUUAUUAUGAGCUACGCAUAGACAUGGGUGACUUUGCAGGAGAGACUCGGUACGCCAUUUAUAGGCGUUUUUCUGUUGGUGAUGAAAGUCAAGGCUAUAAACUGACUAUAGAAGAUUACACUGGAACGGCAGGUGACUCUAUGGCACGUCAAAAUGGUGCUCAGUUCUACACUAAAGACCAUGAUUCAAACAACUGUGCUGCUAUGUAUAAAGGCGGUUGGUGGUAUGAGAACUGUCAUGACUCCAACUUAAACGGAAUUUACCUCCGCGGGACGCACUCUUCUUUUGCUGAUGGGAUUGAGUGGAGAACCUGGCAUGGUUACAAGUACUCACUUAAAUUUACUGAAAUGAAGAUCAGAAGACUGUAAUCCAC